GUGCGUAAUGUGCCGCGCUGGAGUCUUUACGCACACGAGGCUCCGCACCGGGAGCGCGUAAAAACCUCUGGACUUAUAGUGACAAUAAGCGAGUCACCGAUCUUCACGUGGUCGGUGUAACGAUGACGGAUCAACAGAGCUAUUCGACUCCGAGGAGGUUCAUCUGAUUCUUGCAGGACGAGACCAGGCGAGACCAGGCGUUUUUUUCUGUCCCGCCGCCGCCGCCCACCUCCAUGAGCUGACCUCUGACCCCGCCGACCGCACCAUGGACAGCCGUCUGCAGCCGAACCCUCAGCUCCGCUACGCCAUCAACGGGGGAGCCGGACGAAGCACCAGGCCCAACGGAGACAACACUCUGCAGUCUCUCAGCCAGGAGGAGCAGGAGUGCAUCCGGUUCUUUGACGACACCAUCGUCUCAUUGGAGAAGAGUCUGAAGGAGGAGGACCACCGGAGGGCCGGGCAGGCGAGGUCCACCGUGGUCGACGGACCCCAGGCUUCGAGUCCCCACUCUGGGGUCGCCGCGUCUUCCGCCAUGGCCAGACCUCUCAGUCCCAAAGACCAGGAUAUUAUAGACCUGGUCCGCCCAGAACCUGACCUGGUGCCGACCAAACCGCCGACCUUCAAUCCCACCAGUCCAGAUUUUCAGAGUAUGGCAGCGACCCCCGAAAGCCACUUUGAGUUGAAGCCAAGGUGGGGUCCAAUGGACAACUUGCCUUCAGAGUACAACCCUCCGCUUCCAAGUGGCAGCUAUGGGCCGACGGACAGCCACUCCUCCUACCACCCUCCGGGCAGCAUCCCAACCCCGGUCCUGAUUGCCCAGAAGAUAGCUGAGAACCAGGCUGGUGGAACCUCAAACAUACUUCCCUCCUCACUUCGCCAUGUCAGCCUCGAGUCAGAGAAGCCACCGAGCAACAGUGCAGAUCCCCCCUUCAAACAGGGUCCUCCUACCUCGUCUAAGCCCACCCGGUUCCCUGCUAACAUCAGCGUGAUCCACAGCAACAAGGAUCACCAGAACCAGUCUCUGGCAAAUGUGCACAUUCAUGAGAGACGCGCCCAAAUGCUGGCGAACCUCACGGGAACGCCAAAUCCUCUGCUGCAGGAGGAUGCUCAGCAGGCCGUGGAGCAGAAGGAACGAAACACUCCCACUCGCAGCGUUUCCUUCAGGGACCCGACGCCAGACAAGUCCAGGUUGGAGGCCCUGUCUAAGCUGGGCCUCAACAGAAACAGAGCCAUGUCUGGAGGUACGUCGAUAAUUCCAGACAGCACCUUACCGAGUCCUCUCACGGGUGCAGAGACCAGUGCUCCUCCGACAACAGAAACUACCAUCAAAUUGCCAGAAGCCAAUCCUGCAUCACCACCUCCGAGUAACAUUGGCAGAAAAACAGAGAUUCUACGGACAAAUUCUCCGAGGAGGCCGGAAGAACGAAAUCCCCAAACGAGCCCGUCACCUCCAGCUGUCACAAUGAGCAGUUACUCUCCACCUCCUUUGGAAAAUAAGGCAUCUGUCGCCCCUCCGCCUGAGAUCACCUCGCUGGAAUUUAACAGCUAUGGAGGGAAGUCCAUCGUCGUCAACCAUUCUGUUUCCUCCAGGAGUGAACCUGUGACCACUCCAACUAGCCCCGAACCCAUGGUCAUCCCACCUGCCUUGGCUAACCCCAGCGAAUUCAACACCUAUGGGGGAAAGACCAAAGUCAUGAGCACUGCUCCCGUAGCCGUGACCAGGAACGACCUUCCCGACAUCCUCAGCUCCCACAUGAACAAGAGUCAGACCUUACCCGCCAAGUCAGAGCCGCUGCCCAUUGAGCCCAACAGUUACGGAGGAAAGAGUCGAACCAUCAACCCUUCCUCUGGGUUCAAUCGCCCUUCAGAAACCCCAUCGAAGAGUUUCAAACCUCCGGCCCCGACCCCGGCCCCGAGACCUGCCCGCCACUCCUAUCACAGCCCCAGUACCCAACAGAAAGCCGCACAACGAUCUCUGUCCCCCGAACACAAGCGCAGAUCUGGCUCCUUGUUUCGCCCCGAGGGCAUCACCGUUCAGUUCUCUGGACGGGGGGCUUCGAACGAAUCGCGCAAGGAGGCGUUGAGGAAACUCGGGCUGCUGAAAGACUCUUAAUGAACUCAGGAAAUUCAUUGUGUUCAGCCUCCACCCGUCGAGCCUGAAUCUCUGGUGUGUACCUGCUGGUGGAGGUGAUAUGCUAGAAGCUUCCCCCGUGUGAGACUGAUGUGAGGUGUGGUUGGCUUGUUUGGAGAGAGGCAUUCUUUUACUGAGGAAUGGAGCUGCAUCGUACGACAGACCUGCACAGCCAGUUCUUACAGUAAUCCAUGGCUGUAAAAAGAAGAAGAAAUAUGACAAACAAGUUUGGCACCGUGCAGCAGCUGCACUGAUCCAAGACAUCAUAUCCCUCUGCACAAGAUAUUUUGGGCCAAAACUGAUGCUGAAGAUAAGAAACAAACAACCCUUUUAAUGGGAUUUUAUAUAUUUUAAAUACGUUUGGAUACUCAAGAAUGUAUGUGGUGGGGCCGUGUGUCAAAAUCUAGUUUUAAUAUCACAAACUCUUUGAAUAAAUUUGUUCUUAACUAAUUAUUGAUACCAUGCACACUUGGAGCAAGUUUGUAGUCUGGGGAUUUAUAUGGAAACAGACACCAAGGGGUCGAGGGGGGACCACAGCCCUUUUUGCCCGAGCCCCCCUAUCAGCUUCAUCUGGCCCUGGUGAAAAUAUAUUUUUUUUAGCUUCGAAAAGAUACUUUCGCUCAGAAAAUGACAACAGAUUAAGCAGAAUUAAGAGAAAAUGUCUUUAAAAAAAUCUAUAUAUUUAAACCCUCAUUUAUAUUCAGUUUAACUUAUAUUGCUUGUUGGAUGUUGUCACUUUCACUCCAGCCGUGAAAUUAAUUUUCAUGUCUUUUAUCAACCAUGUUACACUUUUAUGUUUUCUCUUGGUCUGUUUAUCGACUUUGGGCAUUUUCUGUGUUUUUUUUCAUGUUUUUUUUUUUUCUUUCUGUCCGGGCUUUUCGGCAAGAAGAAAGUUGAAAAGCACUUUUUAUCAAGAUUAAUUCUUAUUAAUUCUUAAAAGGACCAAAACCAUAUUGUGGAGGUUGCAAAGGGGCGUGUGCUGAUGUCGUGGACUGAAAAAGAAAGCAGCCUUUUCGUGGAAGACGCCGAGCUGGAGGAUAUUUUUACUCCGCGGACAAACCCUCCCACACCAAACCACAGACUGGAAUGAGCUUUGUGGGCUGGACUUUUACUUUUACUACGCAGACGGAGUGGGCCUACUUUUAAAAACCUGCUCUUUAGGGAUGGGCGGGCACAUGGCAUUGUACAAAAUCACGAGCACUAAAACCACAGAGUCUAGAAAUACAUCCGGCGUUACUGAUGUUUUUCAUUCCUGUCAAAUCUGUUGUCGACAACUCUGCUGCUUCUGACGUUUGACAUUUUCCCUCGAGUGUGUUAUUUAACUGUUGUUGUAGUGUGUGUGUGUGUGUGUGUGUGUGUGUGUGUGUGUGUGUGUGUGUGUGUGUGUGUGUGUGUGUGUGUGUGUGUGAGUGAGUGAGUGAGUGUGAGAGAGAGAGAGAGAGAGAGAGAGAGAGAGAGAUCCAGACUCCGGCCUCUGUAGUUCACCUACAGUUUCUUUUGAAGUUUACUUUGUAUCACGCAGAAAAUUUCUGCUGAGCGAAUAUUUUUUUUUGUGAAUUUUUGUUUACAGACUCCGGUUUUUGCUGUAGUUCAGCUACAGUCAUUUUGAAGUAUCUAAUGGUGCAUAAAUACUAUAUAUCUAUAUAUAUAUAUGUAUUUAUAACUACAUUUUGUAUAACACACUUUACUUUACUAGGAAAUUUUUCUGCAGAUCUGCACAGAACGAAGAUUUAAAAAUAGUGCAUCCAUGUGAGGGGGGAACGGGAAGAUCAGUGUCUUAUGUGGAAGUUGCUGCUACAGUAAAACAGCCUGGUCUACUUUCUGACUUUUGAAAUGAUGUAUUGUAUAUACACUCGAUGCUUAAUAUAUAUAUAUACAUUGUCAAUUAAUAAACAGAAUUGUGUAACGUC